AUGUCGAAAAACUUUUCGAUCGAUGCAUUACUUAACAAUGUUGAUCAUGAAAACAAAACUUCGCCAAUGUUCUAUGUCAAUCCAUUAUUUCAAACAUUCUUACAUCAAUUACAACUCGAACAAACGAAAACACUAAAUCAAUUGUCGCAUAGUCUCACAACCAGUGAUAGUGAUGAAGAUGACAAUUCGUCUGUUUCAUCGAUUAACAAAACUACAAACAGUUCGUCAUCAGCUCGCCGAAAACGCACUGCUUUUUCCAACGAACAACUAAUUGAACUCGAAGCGGAAUUUCAACAGAAAAAGUAUCUUUCACUGGUUGAACGCUCUCAAAUCGCUCGUUCGUUGCAUCUAUCCGAAAUUCAAGUGAAAAUAUGGUGGCAAAAUCGUCGCGCCAAAUGGAAACGAAUCAAAGCUGGCCAACUCCGUCAGUUUUCCACACAUUGUGAAAACAAUAAGAUCCUCUGUCCUAUACCAGUACAUGUGAAAAAACCUUUUACUUCUUAA